CACGUUUGUACUACUUGGUAAAAAUUCUAAGUAUAUUAAUAACUUCAUCUGAAUAAACCAUUUACUUCGUACGUUUUGAAGAUAUUAGAAAAAUAAAAUGCAGGACCCUGGUGCAAACUCGUCCUCUUUUAUGCCUGUCCGCAGACCGUCGCCGUCGUCGGCUUCACGAGGUCAAAAUACCGUGCAACAGCCGCAAAAAGGCAAUGGGGCCGCGAACAAUACUGCGGCCUCGGCGACCGUUGUUGGCCUCCGAGAUGGUAACUUUUCGAGGCGACGAGUUAACCACUCGGUCCACGAUCACAAAAAGGACAGCUUCAUAGAGUGGAUUCGGGCAAGCUUAAGACCGCAAUGGGACCUGAACAUGAUGUUGAUUAAGGCUUGAGAUGCUGUUUCACGACUUCUAUCACUAACAGCAAGAAGAUGAGGGAGUCCGAGUCUUCUAUCAGGGUGUAGUCAUCGUAUAGUCUAGGGGUUGGUAUGCUAGCCAAUGAUAGGCUUCAUGGAAUGGAAUAUCACUAAGCAAGAAGAUGAGGGAGUCUUCCAUUAUCAUGAUCCAUAGUGCAGGUAGUAGAAGAAGAUUCUCAAGCUGCACAUGAAGAUUCUUGCAGAAUCUAAGAAGCCGUGCUCAUCUACUUCAUGUUGAAACUUAUACUACCUGCAAAAGAAAUGCUGAUUCACGACGCAUUGACGAGUUGUCCCAAAAUUAUCAAGUUCUAUCAACAAGUGCUUCAUCUAAUUCACGCGGUGGCGUUGCUGUUUUCGCAAGAGUCGAGGAGCUCGUGAAAGAACACGUCGAGCUGCAGGACGACUCAAAACUGACGAGGAUACUCCCUGACGUCUCUCCCAUGCUUGCUCCCCUGAAAUUACGGGAUGCAUUUGCGAUUUACAACAAGAAGUACCGAAUUACGAAUCGCCGUUUCGUUGCACCAAGCUUCAACGAGAUUCGACACAUUGUGAACCUAGCUACUGUAUUAUCUCUUUGCAAUCUUAUCGAUGUUGAUGAAAUUAUAUUUCACGAGCUUGUGAACUUAGCGAGGGCUGUUCCGAUUCUGUGGAGCUACUCCUAUCAAUUUCUAACUAUACUUGAUGACUGUAGUUGCUGCUUGCAAACUUCUAUGGUCAAAUAACUAUCGCAGAUUUGUAGCACCCAUGCAAGCACGAUCCAUCUGCCUCUCGUGAGCAUGAUCACUACAUCAACAGAUCGUCAACUUCUUCAUCUAUUCAAAUUUUUACAGGUACUGGGUCUCCCUGGCUUAAAGCUGAUGACCUUUGAUGGCGACGGAACGUUGUACGUCGACCAGAAGAACUUCGAUGAUCUGUUUCUAGCCCAGCAGCUACUAGAACUACUCCAAAGUGGCGUGGCUGUCGCUCUUGUCACUGCAGCGAACUACGGUCUGCAGGGACACAAGUACGAAAUACGACUACGAGGCUUGCUUGACUUUUUCGCGGCCAAGAAAGUAUCACCGGAAUUGUGCAGGAACUUCUUCGUCGUAGCAGGCGAGAGCGGUUAUUUGCUGCGUUUGGCAGCUGUGAAAGAGGAAGUUUCGACCGCGAAGGCAAACGGAAAUGGAGUCGAUUCUGAAACUCCACACAAGGCGGGCGGAGGCGACGACAAGGAGAAACCAACCAAAAUGAAGACCGUUUACAAAUUAUGAAAAGCGUAGUUGUUAAUUGGAUUUUUAUCGUAAGCUCAAUGGCUCUCAAUGGCUAUGUUGAGAAGAAUAGGAGAGGCCGCGAAAACUAUGCUUCAACAGCACGUCAAGGAAGGCUACAAAAGACAAAAUUCUAUAUCACGCCCCAUUUACUUACUUACUUCAUCUGACAAGACACGACCUAAGCCAACCUAUUGUUCCCCAUCUCCUACACACACUGCACCCAGCAUCCUGCUUCUUCAUACCAAAUCGUCGGCGCUCAGGAUGAGUGGCAUUACUACAAUCGUGGUGGUAACUGUACGCCUAAUAUGAAACUCGUACUGGACCGAUGCGAGGAGACUUUUUAAGGCGAGCGCUCAUGCAUCCUCAGGAGCAUAAUCCUUGACCCUUUUUCCACCUGACAAAGGGAACAAAGGAUGUGCAAUUAGGGGUGCUAACGCGGUAGCUUUAAACUUUGAGGAAUGGCGUGAAGGACAUGAACAUGAGCGCUCAGAUCUUGCGGAAGCCAACGUCUGUAGGAUGUAUUCAAGCGAGCAACGCACGAAAGCCUGGUGAGGAGAACUACUACUUUCGAAGAGAACAGUUGGAUGAAUUGGUAUAAAUAUAAAUAUUUCUUAUUCUUUGUUGUACUAAUUCCAAUUAAACCAAUUGUCUCCUCGAGACAUUAAACCUUAGUACUGAGUACUGAACACAUGCGUCGACUAAUAAAAUGUAGAACCUCCUCCAGACAUUAAACCUUGGUACUAAUACCACUACUGCUGGGGAGCAACUUAAUGGACAAAAUUUUUGGAAUUGGUGGUUGUCUCAACGUGCACUAAAAAACCCACCAAGGAGAACAAUCGCUUUUUGUUGAUAAUCAAGUACUUAUGUACUUGCUUGACAUUGGCUUUUCUUCUUUCGGUUUUUGUUUUUUCUCGUUAGGUCUGCUCCACUAACAUUAUUGUUAUGCAUCAAUCACCCAGGUCUACCGCCUCCAAGAAACGUUAGUGGAGCUCCGCGAGCACAUCAGUUUUCCCUAUUGUGCUUUCAAUGGUGGGAAUGAUGUGUGGUUCGAUAUCGGGAAUAAAAGAGAGGGCAUUCACGGCUUGCAGCUUUUGCUUGAUGUGAAACCACAGAAUUGCAUCCACGUUGGUGACCAGAUGGCUAGAACGGGAAACGAUUUCAUGGCGCGGUUUAUUAGUCCAGUUUGCUGGAUCGUAAACCCGAGUGAGACGAAGAAAAUUUUGAAGCAUGUAUUACGGAAGUUCGGACCACAUCAUGCACCUGGUCAGAUCCUAGGCAGAUCACCCUCGGCGGACCCGCACAAGUCGACUCCGAACUCACCGAGUCUUGGCGUCCACGUGAUUGCGCCUACAGUUUUAGCCUUUGACCAGCCAAGAACAAAUCAGAGAACGCAAGAAACACAGACGACGCCUUCUUCAUCGAAAAAUGCAACUUCUGCAGGUCCUCCUCAACAUGAGGGAACAACGACAAGUACUACUAGUCUUCUACACGACGAUCCGAAUGAAAAAUCUUCCAUACAACAGCAAAAUAUCAAGCCAUCUCAACUACUACAUCAAGGUCCUCAAGGAGCAACUUCUACAACGACGCGACAGCACACGACAGGACAUGGAGUUCUUCAAGAGGACCAGCAAGAAGAUGAACCGGAACGAACCUCCUCUUCCAGUGUCUCCACCUCCUCCAACAGCCCUGAAAAGUAUGAAGAGCAACAGUCACCUCCCUCUGCGAAUUCGUCGGUCAAUUACGGCAGAUCCUCCUCUCGGAACAACAGUAUACAACACGGAGGCCAGCUCAGGUACGUGGCAUCGGAAGAAAGUCUUCUCGGUGACCUGCACACUCGCACAGACGGCAGCGGCCCGCGGUGUUUCAACGAAGAGGAGGACCGUCUAUCUUCACAAGGAAGUUCAGUGGGGUUCAGUAUAAAUACCGACGAGAUGGUUGUUGGUGCUGCUUCGUCGGGUAAGAAAUAUUAUAUCAACAACAAGCGAAGUGAUGAACGAACCGAACAAGAAGGUGGAGAUCGUUCUCGAGGACAACACCAACAGAUGACCAGUGUUGAUAGUAGGAAUCUUCAUUCCCUGUCUCAGCAUGGUCCAGCCAGUUCAACAACAGAUGGCGGUAGUGUGCGAGAGGAAAGCGUUACUGCUGCUGGAGAUGCUCUUGUUUCCAGUCAACCAGGCGUCGAGGUGGACGAUGGACAGUCUUCCCCCAAAAGCUACUACAUUCUAAGUAAAAACGCCUCCUUGAAUCCGCAGUUCAAUCACGUCACAGAUAAACCAUCUUCAUCUAGUUCUUCUUCGAGCAGGAGUAGGAGUGGAACGAGCGCCACUUUCAACGAGAACACGAAAAAUGAAAGGGUAGAAGAUCAAAGGGUAGAAGAUCAUGAUGCUUCUGGUACAACAGCUACAGGCGAAAAUCUUCUUCGGGACAUCAAGCAAGAGGAGAUCCAGAAGAGCCGUAGCGGAGAAGGGAGUACGACUAUCGCCGAUCAUGGUGGAACAAAUACCAGAAGAUUAGACGAUGAGAUGAAGAACGCCGCUAGUUCCAGUGGCGCACCUUCCACAACAGCAACGAAAGCCUAUAGGAAUAUAAAGUCCUCUUCAUCGCCGUCUCAGCAAAGAACUUCUAAGGGCUUAGUCACACAGCUAGACCUCAGGUCAAGUCCCUCGUCCAAGUCCAACACCUCAAGCAAAGUUACCGGAAACGAAUUCAUGGUCCACGAAACUUUAGAGGGUCCAGCACUGGUUUAUCGCAGGAGACACAGCUCAGAGAACAUGACUCUGGAAGAAAUUGCUGAUUGGGUACCAUCAAACGAGUCCUCUCCUCGCACCGCGGCACCAGGAGAUGACACUGAAAAUGAGUUAUGAAGAAGAGAGUCGAUGCUUUUUCUUUUUCGUUUUUGGAGGAGAAGAAGAAGAUCGCUGAUGUCGAGUAGUUUCCUGCGCUAUUGUCAAUGCCAACAUGCUACUGAACGACAGCUUGAUUUACAUCGUUCCACCCUAGAAUUUCCACCUGAUCCUGAUGUCUUCUAAUAAAAAUGCCAGAAACUGAAGACCAGAACCAGCACGACAACAAAGGUCAAAAUUAUAGUUUACGUUUGGACGGUUUGAGCGAUGAUGGAGGGAGAAGUCCUGCAACGGGUGAGCGUCCUCUAGUGGAGAUGACUGAAGAAUAUAUGCGCCGGGAAAAGAAUGUUAGGGAGUCGGGACGGAGGACAUAAGCAUAACUGAUCUCCGUGUUGGAGAGGUGGAUAAAUGACCUAGAAGUAGACAUAUCCUGCUUUGUGAGCCUAAGAACUACAUUAGCAUCUUUGUUGCUUGUAAUUCUUGUGUGCGGCAUCUUCUGUUACCUUUCGCAUUUGUUGUCUGCGAGUUUUCUAAAUUUUUUUCAAACGAGAAGCAAGUUUUCUAAAUUACCUCCUGUACACGCCUUCGAGUUCGGACAAUAAUGUCCUAGUCUUUGUUGCCUAGCAACUGCGCUCGUCGAUACCAAAACGUAAACUCUUUGUUGUUACAACUUCUAGUAUCACCAGUAUCUCCUGUUUGUACAAUACUAGCUUGUUGUAUGCUGUUCAGUUCUUUUUACCUGUACCUCGACCACCUAUUUUCGUUUUUUUAGUGAGUGGUACCUUUACCUACGUAGCGCGGGGAGCUUCUCGUUCACUUUCUGUCCAAGACCAUAACCAUAUGGCUGUCACGACCACAACGAGAAAGUUUCAUUGUCCUGGUGACAAGUAGAAUUUCCAUUGGAAUUUUGAUUUUAUCAUGUUAUCAUCAUGUACUAUUAGAAAAAUUGGAAAGGACCUAUAAUUAGAAGUAGGACAACUACAUUAGCCUGUCAGCUGCAGCUCAUAUAUUCGGAGAUAUGUUGAAAGGAUGAUGCAAAGGCACUAGUGCUUGAACUCAUGGUCGGGCUCUCAUAUGUCAACGGAUGAAAGGCAGGUGGUGCAAAAAACCUGCCACAGGCGUUUGGAAUAUUGGAACACCCUGGUGCCUCUUGAACAGAAAGGCACAGGGGAGGACACAACAAGAAAUGCUUCAGUCGUCCUCGACUGGCUUGUACAUGUUACAGUUUCAUCUACCUACUCCUUGUUAGAUGUUAGUGCUCGCCUUCGAAAUGAC